AUGACAAUGGAACAAGUUAAUCGUUUAGAACUAACAGAUUCAACUGCACUUCACGUAGCUUCAUAUUAUGAUCAUCAAGAAAUUGUUCAAUUAUUAGUAGAAUUUGGUGCUAGUCGAUCAAUUAUAAAUAAACAUAAAUGUGUACCAUACGAUGAAGCGUCUAAUCUAGAAACUCAACAAUUAUUUCAUCGUUCAUUUAAUAACAACCGAUUUGUUGGUACAAUAAGUGGAAAUGGACAAAUUGAGUGGAUUGCAAAUGAUAGAACAGUUAAAAUAUGUCAGACUGCUCGUGCUCUUGUUAACUCUGUACACUAUGGCAUUGACCGUCAUAUUCAUUGGAUACGUAAAUCUUAUACUGAUAAGUAUUUUAAUCAUAUUGAUAAUAUCGAUGUAAUUCUACAUUUUUUUAAACGUACUAAGAAAGAAAAUAAUCCAGUUUAUUUAAUUAAAGCUUAUUCUUCAGCAGAAGCAAAUUUUUUAUAA